CUAUAAAUAGCGGUACCGGCGGGCCCGGGCGGCGGCGCCGGGGCCAGGGCACUGCGAGACCCCCAGGCCAGCCUUAACUGCUUCUGUGCCUGAACCAGCAGCAUGGCGACAGAAAAGCUCAAGCAGCACAAAAUCAUCUUUGUGGUGGGUGGCCCUGGCUCGGGCAAGGGGACGCAGUGUGAGAAGAUCGUGCAGAAGUACGGCUACACCCACCUGUCCACGGGGGACCUGCUGCGGGCAGAGGUCAGCUCGGGCUCGGAGCGGGGCAAGAAGCUGCAGGCCAUCAUGGAGAAGGGAGAGCUGGUGCCCCUGGACACGGUGCUGGACAUGCUGAGGGAUGCCAUGGUGGCCAAAGCAGACGUGUCCAAGGGCUUCCUGAUCGACGGAUACCCCCGCGAGGUGAAGCAGGGAGAGGAGUUUGAGAAGAAGAUCGCGCCCCCCACGCUGCUGCUCUACGUGGAUGCGGGGAAGGACACGAUGGUGAAACGCCUGCUGAAGAGAGGAGAGACCAGUGGGAGGGUGGAUGACAAUGAGGAGACCAUCAAGAAGCGUUUGGAGACCUACUACAAGGCCACUGAGCCUGUCAUUGCCUUCUACAAGAGCAGAGGCAUUGUCCGCCAGCUCAACGCCGAGGGCUCUGUGGAGGAGGUUUUCCAGCAGGUCUGCACCCACCUCGACUGCCUGUGAGCAGCCCCCGGCCCCAGCUCCCCCGGUGCACUCCAGCAGAGACAGCGGAAGCGGCUUUAUCCUGUUUUCGUGGACGGAGCCGUGCGGAGGAAAUUUCAAGGACAUUGUGUUUGGCUCUUUCCCGUCUCUCCCCAGUAAAGUUCACUUUAAUGAA